UUUGGAAGAACGCCUCUCUCUUUUCCGGCACGGAACGAUGGCGUAAAAGCCACAAUGCGCAGGCGUCGUUGCUUACUUUUCUCAGUUCGGUUCGCUAUCACCUGACGCCUGCGCAAUAAGUAGGUAGUCGGGUGUGUUGUGGCGGCCAGCUGGGCCGAGUUAGUUGUGGCGCCGACCAUUCUACCGGUGUUACUGUGCCGCGCGCCGCCGGGUCGUUACAGCGGGGCGCAGGUGGCCCUCAGGCCGGUGGCGUAGGUCUGUGAGCAGCUACGAUGUCGAUCUUUACUCCCACCAACCAGAUCCGUCUAACCAAUGUGGCUGUAGUACGCAUGAAGCGUGCCGGGAAGCGCUUCGAAAUCGCCUGCUACAAAAACAAGGUCGUCGGCUGGCGGAGCGGCGUGGAAAAAGACCUCGAUGAAGUUCUACAGACCCACUCAGUGUUUGUAAAUGUUUCUAAAGGUCAGGUUGCAAAAAAGGAAGAUCUCAUCAGUGCAUUUGGAACAGAUGACCAGACUGAAAUCUGUAAGCAGAUUUUAACUAAAGGGGAGGUUCAAGUAUCAGAUAAAGAACGGCACACGCAGCUGGAGCAGAUGUUUAGGGACAUUGCAACUAUUGUAGCUGACAAAUGCGUGAACCCUGAAACGAAGAGACCAUACACUGUUAUCCUUAUCGAGAGAGCAAUGAAGGACAUCCACUAUUCAGUCAAAACCAACAAGAGUACCAAACAGCAGGCUUUGGAAGUGAUCAAGCAGUUAAAAGAGAAAAUGAAAAUAGAACGUGCUCACAUGAGACUUCGGUUCAUUCUUCCAGUAAAUGAAGGAAAAAGGCUGAAAGAAAAGCUCAAGCCACUGAUCAAGGUUAUAGAAAGUGAGGACUACAGUCAACAAUUAGAAAUUGUGUGUCUAAUUGACCCAGGCUGCUUCAGAGAAAUUGAUGAGCUAAUAAAAAAGGAGACAAAAGGCAAAGGUUCUUUGGAAGUACUCAAUUUGAAAGAUGUGGAAGAAGGAGAUGAGAAAUUUGAAUGACAUUCAUCAAUCUCUUCAGCUUUAAAACACUUAAACAUUUUCGUUUCACACAGUCCUGUUUUCUUUCUGUGGUCCGCCAAAUACUUGCUCAAACUAUUUGAUGUUUUCCUUCUCCGUGUUAAACAUGUACACAAAAAAGACUUUCCUAAAUAAGUAUUCUAAUGUGGGAUUAAUUUAGUUUUAUUUAUAAAUUGGGGUUUUAGGUAAAAAUGAAAAAUUCAAAAUACAAAGUCCAGAGUAGUAUUUUACUGCUUUCUCAUGCCUUUGUAGCUUUCCAAGGUGAAAGUAAUUUGAGGCAGCUCUUAUUGACAAAAAGUUAAAUUUUGUACAUUAUAAGAUUAAUUUGGGGAGGAUAUGUCUAUAUGACAAAAAGGGAGUAUUUUGCUGAAAAAGAAAACAAUGUCUUAUUUCUACUUAAUGAAAUACAUGUAUAGGGGUGACUAUAUUGUGGCCUAAUAUAAAGCUUGAAUGAUGACUUUGUGAUUAUCUGAAAAAUAGAUAUAACUGUGCAGGACUUAAAUUUUCAUCGAACAUGCUGCCAUAACCUAGAUUUUUCUUGGUAAAAAAAAGUCACUUAUUUCUAAUUCUUAAAGUUUAUAAAUAUAUGCUAAUAUAGCUAAAAUUAUAUGUAAUCAAUAAAACCACUCUUUAUUUUUACUAAACUAUGGCUUGUGUUUCUAGACAGCUUCCUUACUCCCUUUUUUUUUCCUUUUCCUCUGCCUCUUAUCUGGUAAGGUUGGAGAGCUGUUAGCAGUAUUAAAUAAGUCAGUAUGAGCAGUGCUUAAAACAGUUCUCCUAAACACCUGAUAAAUCUUAGCUGAUAUUAUUUGAGAUGUAAUUGAAUUUAAUUAUUUUAGUACUAACACUUAAAUGGACAAUGUACAAGUUUUUAAAAAAUCUACUUAUCCUCAAAAGAGAUAUUCUGGAAUAUAAAUUCAGGUAUAUUCACAAAAAUAUACGUAUUUUGUGGACAGAAGUUUUUAACUGAAAGAAUUCUUGACUUGAACAGGCCCUUAAAGCACACAGACUUCACUGCCAAGCCAGAUUCUCAGAAAAGUCUCAUUUAAUAUAACUUCAAUUGAAAUUAUGAAGUCAAAAUUUUUUCUUAUGUCAAAAGAAAUAUACUCGUUUGAUAACAUAGGGACACACUUUCUGUUAAUGUUGAAAUUGAACUACUGUUUUGAUACAAUCCUUGAGACCUCACUGAUAUCAUUUUAUUUGUAUAAUGUUAACUUGAAGUCCUUGGAAAUAAUUUUAACCAAUAAAAUUUACACUUUAAUUUAUUCCUGCUUAAACGGUUAAAGCAGUGUUUCGAGUCAAAAGUCAUAGUUACUGAAAAUAUUUAAUUACUGCAUCUUGAGUAGGAAAAGAGAACAGUUACUUCAAGACUGCCAUUAAGUUUUUUUUAUUCCCAUUAUGUCCUCUACAACACAAGAGCUUCAAUAAAAGUCAGAUGUAGAUCACAUCUGAGUCAUGUUUCUGGCCUGUAAAAAAAUAAAUGUUUACCUCGUAUUAAUUUCGUUAGUCAAAAGUAGUUAAAAUUUUUGGUUUGUGAUCAUCUUCCCAGUAUCACUGCUAUAAUGAAUUAUGUUAAGGAUUGACCUGUUUAUUUUGCUUUUUCAAUGCAAGCUGUAUUUUGUACAUUUGAUCAGAAAGACUUUUCAGAAUUAACCCUCUUCUGAAAGCACAGCACUUUUCUGUACAUCUUCCCUUGUAUCCAUACACAAUUAUGCGCUCCAGCCUCUGGAACCUAGUACCACUUUGAAAUUCUCUCAUAGGCCUUGAUUUCACCCUACGUGUGUAAUAGAGAGCUGCUUAACUGUCUGGCAUGCUAGAUUGUGAGCUCCUCAAGGGCAGAUUUUCCAUUUGUGUAUAUCCCACCAUGGUUUGGACCUAAUAGAUAUGCAAUAAAUGUCUGUAGAGUAAUAAA